AUGCCUCUUACACCUCCUGCUGAGCCGGACCCUGAACCAAAGAUGAACUGGGCAUCAUUUUAUGCUGUCAUCAGCGGCGUGAACAGACACUCCACAGGCAUCGGUCGCAUCUGGCUCUCUGUCCUGUUCAUUUUCCGCAUACUGGUUCUGGUGGUUGCAGCAGAGAGUGUGUGGGGUGAUGAGAAGUCUGGCUUCACCUGCAACACCCAGCAGCCCGGCUGCAACAGCGUCUGCUACGACCACUUCUUCCCCAUCUCGCACAUCCGCCUCUGGGCGCUCCAGCUCAUCCUGGUCUCGACUCCUGCCCUACUGGUAGCCAUGCAUGUGGCCCAUCGCCGCCACCACGACAAGAGGCUCUACAAACUAUCAGGGCGGACCAACCCCAAAGACCUGGAGCAAAUAAAGACCCAGAAGAUGAAAAUCACAGGGGCUCUCUGGUGGACGUACGUCAUCAGCCUGCUGUUCCGCAUUGUCUUUGAGGUCACCUUUAUGUAUUUGUUUUAUAUGAUCUACCCUGGUUACAAGAUGAUCCGGCUGGUGAAGUGUGACUCGUACCCCUGUCCCAACACAGUGGACUGUUUUGUGUCCAGGCCCACAGAGAAGACUGUCUUCACCGUGUUCAUGCUGGCUGUGUCAGGGGUCUGUAUUCUACUCAACAUUGCAGAAGUGGUCUUCUUGGUGGGGAAGGCCUGCAGUAAGCAUUUGCACAAUGCUGGAGACUCGACUAUGGGGGCUUGGAUCCAACAAAAGCUCCGGUUGUUCUAACAAAACACAUAGAUUUCAUACCUGCAGAAAUGGACAUAUAAGUGA